AUGGAUAGGGGAAUAGGAAAACUCUGGCAUGUUGUGCAGGGCCACAUGUGCAGUCUAAAGGGUGGCUGGUUGACUGGCACACCGGCCUUCAUCUCCAUUAAAAUCACCCUCAUCUACGGAAGUCAAAACAUAUUUGAUGAACUGCGUAAUCCCCAUUAUAACCUGACGGAGCAUGGACUGAUUGACAAGGACAUUGUUCUAUUUCGAUCCGACGCUACUGCCCAACACGACUCAGCUGAAUCAAGCUCUCAAAACAAAUUCUUUCUUCGCUUUGAGGUUGACCUCUUCGACGAACUUGGCUCAGCCAGUGAAUCCGACUUUAUAGUUCUCCUGGUCUACAUUUCUGACUGUGUACGAACUGAACGCGUACAGGCUGUUCUUAAAACCACUUCAGCCGUGGAUCAGCCCCUAGCGACGCAGAGACCAAUAGCAGUGCAGAAGACAUCAAACCCAGCGCCGCACCUGCCUGGCACAAUGUUGAUUGAUACUCACGGAAUGCACACCCCCCUGCCCUUCCUUCUCCUUUCGGUCUUCCUUGGUAGCCUCUACAUGAUCCUCUUUCUGGCAUUUGUACUGUUGUGCUUGUGUAGGCCACAAAAGCGCCAAUUCCUGUUUCCCGUCAUGAGCCUGUCGCCUAAAGAUGGUGACGCACGGCGUAUCUCAAAUACCUCAGCUUUUACAGACUUGGCCAACUCGUCCACUUCGGCGCUGAUGAGCAGUGAAGCGAGCGCCGCCAGGAUGCAUACCCCUGAGGAUGGCCACGGUGGAGGCAAGAUGCAACUGAGACGCCUUCCAGCCGAUCAAACCGUCACCUCCCGGAAAGUGGUCAUUUUCUUCUAUGUCUGCUUUCGCGCCUUCACCAUUCUCCUGUUCACCUUCAGCGUCGGCCUCUCGCUCAUACUCAGUCUGGAGUCAUCGUCUUUCAAAAUCCUGCUUGCCUGUGUGCAAAACGUCAAGGGUGAUCGGGUCAGAGAUUUGGUCAGCCUGGAGAGAGCAGGCAAGAUACUGCCUGGCAGUCCGCGACUAGCCUCGCAUUGGCUUCAAGAAUUGAGGAAAAUUGAGCAGACAUCCAUGUCGGAGCUUAGAAAGCAGACACAGCAAUUUAUCAACCAGUCGGUGGCCUGCGAAAUGCAGGAGAUUCGGUCCUCCGGCGAACUUGGACUGACUAUGGAGGAGCUGGCCAAUUUGGUGGUCCUUCAGACACAGCUGACAACCCGCAACGGACAGACCGACGACGGCACACAGUACCUUCUUCAGAUCCACAAUGUCGUGAAUGCCACCUGGCGUCAAAUUCAGGCCGAAUACUGGCAGCACUACAAUUUUUCAGUUCACGGCUACAUGGAAAGUGUUCGCAGUCUCCUGGAUAAUCUGCUAAUGCAACACUGGGCACCCUAUGAGACGCUGCUUGACAGGAUGAUGGAUAAUGCCUGGCUAUCCACUGCGCGAAGAGCAAUGGAUUCACCAAAUGAUGCAUUGCGAACUGUUAAUGAGGCCGGGGACACAGCAGACAGAUUUAGCAUGCGGUCUAAUUCGGUAAACUACCUCGCCGGACUGACCCCUGUCAAACCACGCGAAGUCUCAACUCUAACAUUUUCGGGUUUCCUAGGAAUACCUCAGCCAGCGAAUGCUCGACUUGCCGAGGCCCGCUUGUGGAACAAGUAA